AUGAACGAACGUAAAAUCCUGUUUUUUAUUCUUGCCGUGAUCGUUUACUGUAUGUACAGUGUACACAUGUGGUUUAUAAAACAAAAUAUAGAAGAGAAUGUUCGAUGGUGUCCGAAAAUAGACAGAACCCAAAUUGUAUCAGAAUUUGUGAGCAACAUAGAAAAUCUCAAGAAGGAUCGGCGCCUGCAUCAAUCAACGAAAUCCCUGCCGGGGAACCAAGACUUGUCAAAAGACAAUCAGUGGCCAAACUUUUUGGUCUGUCUGACGACUGAAAAAGAUUUUCAGGCGCGCGUCCAGUGCCAAUGGUUCGUCGUUUCGUCAUUUCCAGCGCUGCCCUUGAAUCCAAAAGUCCAGGCUAUGAUGCUAGGUCACCGGCAUCAGUCUGUGGAUAGCGAUGAUGAAAGCGAUGGCAAGGGACGUCGUGUACGACUUAUUCGUAGAUUUUAA